AUGAAAUUCUUCGUUGUCUUCGCCGUCGCCGUGGUGUUCGCCGCCUACGUUUCCGCCGCCCCAUCCGCCGAGGAGGUGUCCGCCGAGGAGACCGCCCUCUCAUCCGCUGAGGCCGUCGAUGAUGAAGUCGUGAGGGCGAAGAAGUCCACAUACGGAGGCCACCACGAGCACCACGAGAAGCACCACGGCUAUGGACAUCAUGAGAAGCACCACGGCUAUGGACACCACGAGAAGCACCACCACGAGGCCCACCACGGCUAUGGCCACCACCACGGUGGACACCACGGCUAUGGACACAUGGGACACGCCAAGCACUACACCUACGGCUCUCCCGCUCCCCAUGUGCCAUGCGGUCACAACCUGGUCUUCGGAUGCCACCCCGCUGUGGCCCCAGCCCCCUGCGCCGCCCACCACGGUCACCACUACGGUCACCAUUACGGACACCACGGUUACUAA